GGUAGUAAAAAUUGAUGGAAAAGUAUCGGUGGAACCAGGCUCUCGUGUCACAGUCAAAAUAUCUAAUUUACAUACAGGACGGCACAGAUACCAUGGAAGUUUGAUUGAUUCGCAACAGAUAAAGCGUGAGUCGGGAUUGUAUUGGGGAUAUAAGGUGCGCAUUGCUCUCAGUCUUCAUGACGCUUUGUAUGGUGAAGAGUACGACGUUAUCAUAGGAACAUCUGAGCGGGGAAAGCCAUUAAACGAAUUUCAGUUGCCACUUUCUGAAAAAAAAUUAGCUGAGAUAAAUUUUAGUCGAAUUUUGGUUGUUUUUGGUGGAUUGGAAGGCUUGGAGGCAGCUGUGGAAGCGGACGAAAGCAUCGGUUGUUCCGCCCCGGAGCAGCUAUUCGAGCAUUAUGUGAAUUCAGUUCCAGGGCAAGGAAGUCGCACAAUACGAACAGAGGAAGCUAUACCUAUAACACUAUCUCGUUUGAGACCUCUAAUCUGCGCUGAAUUAUCCUAA